AUGCAAGGUGACGAGGGUCGGCAGCGCCAGCCCCUUCGGCGUGGUGAGCACGCGGCAGCGGCGGCAACGCUGCCCGUGGAGCCAUCGUUCAUAUUUGACGAGGGACGCGGCACCGUUCCCUUCAGCCAGCAGGGCACGCCACAGCCGACGCUGUCGGCCUCGCGUCAGCGUCCGCGCUUCGCCACGGCGCAGGACCUUGACGACGCCCUCCUGCAGGCCAUUGAGGGCAAAAUUACCCGCAAGAACGCCUGGGUCUCGAAGGACGCCAGCAACCUGCUGGAGGGCAUCACCCACACCGUUGAGAGUACGCUGGAUGCCGCGACAACCACCGACGAGUACUCCAGUUUUGCCAAGGUGGCAACCGUCGUGGAGGGAUGUUCAAAGGUCUGGACCAGUCGCGUCGACAGCACGUACCAGCGCUCCAACCAGAUGCUGCGGCGUCUGCUGCGGAACGAGGAGGGCGACGGGGACGGCAGCGACGGCGAAGCAACCGGCGCCGAUGGAGACGCGGGUGUCGACGGCUCUGGCUCUGCCGCCGCCGCCGCCGCCGCCGCCGAGCGCAGGCGGAAGGCCGCCCAGCGUCGCACGCAGUCGGCCCGCACCAUCGCCCUGGACCCGUCGGAGAUCAACCUGGACGGCAAGGGCCGCGUGACGCUGGUCCAUACCGGCGUGAACGCGCAGUUUCGUGCCAUCACGGAAAAGUUCGAUCAGGGCAACGCGCAGGGUCUGCUACUGCACAACACACCGCUGGGAGGCGCGGGAAACCUGAUCCUCGACGUGGACUACGCACGCGAGACAGGUCGCGAGUACUCCACGCGACGAAUUCGCCUUUCUGGCGGAUCCCGACACGCCAAGCAAGAAACGGAGGAUGAGGAAGCGUUGAUGCGUGCCGCCGCCACCGCCACCGCCACCGCCACCGCCACCGCCGAGGAGUUUGAUGUCGGCCUCGACGAGCCCCUCGAUCUCCCCCCGUUCCUAUCUGUUUUCUCCACAACGGCGUCGGCGGGGCAGAGUCCGCUUUCUGGGGAUAAUGGGAGGGGCGGCUACCGGCUGAGUGGCGACAGCGGCGUGAGGGCGGAGGAGGAGGCGGGGCGGCCGUCCAUGAUGUUGCCGUCGCUGCUGCUGCUACCGCACACGACGCCGUUAGAGGCGGAGGGGGCCGGGGGCGGCCACUCGGCGGCCAUCGGGGAGCCACAGGGCCCACCGCAGGAGUCGGGGGCCGCCGCCUCGCUCUUCGCCGCAGACCACCAGCAACAGCAACUGCCGCCGGAGUACGAGCCCGACGCGGACGACGGGGACUGGGGCGGCGGCACGGACUACGGCGGCGCCUUUGACGAGGACGAGGACGAGGACGAGGACAACAACACCAACACCGGCGCCAGUUUUGGCGUUGCAAGCGGGAGCGACGCAAAUGCGGAGGCGCUGCGCGAGCGUGUCGCGACGGAGGCACGCCAUUUGGUCUCCGGCGUCGCCGAGUUGAAUGCCAUCGACGGUUGCCUCUUCGGCGAGAAUCGUCUGGCGCUCGAGGCGGAGGACCCCACCUCGUGGUUCCCGCUUGCGGAGCCGCCUGUAUCUGCGUUGUUGGGCAGCGCGGCACACAAAAACUCCGAGUUGCUGCGGCUUCACAAGGAACACCGCCUCGCGCAGGCCGUUGCACUGCCGCAGGGCGGGUCCACGCCGGCGAACAAGCGCGUGAAGCGGGAGAAGACCGUCGCGUUUGAUCUUCCAGGAGAGUUGGCCAUUGCCGCCGCCGGUGGCGGGGAUGCGGGAAACUCCUCGUCCUCCUCCUUCCUCCUCUCGGGUGGGAGCGGCGUGGACAGUUCCGCCCUCAAGCAGAGCACGACCUCCGGGAAGAACAUGACGCCGCUCGGGAAGGAGCUGCUGCUGGGGAAGGAUCCGAACGCCAUUCUUGCCUUCACGCAGAGCGUUGUGCAGCGUGCCAAGGCGCAGGAGGCCGGGCUGCUGCUUCCAGAGCCACCAGUGCCCGGCAAAAGCAUUCCGUCGUAUCUGCCUUACCCAAUCCACGUGCCAACUUUCUUUCAGCCCUUCUCAACCUCGCUGCUGCAGUGGAAUCUCCUGCGCAAGUCAGCAUCGGGCCACACCCUUGCAAUUGGCAGCGCCGCGCCCUCCCGGCGCGUGAGUGGCGUCCUUGCGAAUAAAGACUGGGACGCAAAAAGGAGCGGAGACACCCAGAGCCAAUUUGGCCGCGACGACGACGACGACGGCGACGACGGCGGCGGCAGUGGUGGACCCGGCGCAGUUGGCGCCAUGCCUGUGGAAUUUUUUCAUGGCGGCGCCGAGGCCGACGACGAAUUCAUGGGGGCCGGCGGCUUCGACGACUACGACGAGGACGGCGGCGUCGCCUACCGGGGUGCGGAGGACCCGCUGCGGCAGGUGGAGGCCCAAAUACUCUCGAGCCUCGAGCGUUCCGAGUUGGCGCGGGCAAGUGCUGCCGCGACGACGGCGUUGAGCGACGGACGCCGCAGCGGCGCCAGCGCGCUCGCCGGCGUGGACCCGCUGACGCUGGCGCGGGUGCUGCAGCCGCCGCAGACGGCUCUCCCGUCGCAGGUGGACGUUGUGCGGCUGCGGCAGGAGAUGUGGCGGGCACUGGAGGACGCGAUGCGGCGCAGCCCCGCCGCCCAGGCGCGGCCCCACGACGGGGAGGAGCGGCGGAAGUCGGCGGGGCACAAGCGUCGCCGUGCGGCGGAGGAGGAGGCGGGCGGGGCGGGGCGGCCGCGGUUCAGUGAGCUGGUCCUGCCCAUCCUGCCGCGCGUGCCGACAAUCUCCGCGACCGGCACGCUGUCGCCGGCCUUCUUCUUCUUUUCCAUUCUCUUCCUCGCCAACGAGCAUGGGGUGCUGUUGGAGAGCGUGCCCGGGCUGGACGACCUCGUCGUGCGGGGCGUGAGUCCCCCGGCAAGUCCCGCGGCCGCAGAGUGA